AUGGCAGUACAUGGACCCAACGGCCAUGCAGCAUUUGAGAUCCCAUCGGUAGACAUCUCGCCAUAUCUUGCCGACCAAGGUUCUACGGCAGCAGAGGAUGUGGUCAACAGGAUCCACGCCGCUUGCACCACCAGUGGUUUCUUCCAGGUCACAGGUCAUGGCAUAUCGGAAUCGCUGAGAGAGGGUGUAAUAAAUGCAGCGAAGGUCAUCUUUGAGCUGCCGUACGAGGAGAAAAUCCAGCUCAGUGGUGUCCCUGGUCGAGGCUAUGAAGCCAUUGGCGACCAGGUGCUGGAGCCGGGGAAGAAGGCGGACUUGAAAGAGGGGUACUACAUCGGAAGAGAGAUACCAGACAGUAAACCACCCUAUCGACCAUUCCACCACCCAAAUAUCUGGCCAGACAAGGCUGGAAUCGGUCCAGACCGAUUCAAGGAUCCCGUGACAAGAUACCACCAGGCCGUCUCCGAUCUCUCAGCCCAUCUGAUGCAGAUCCUCGGGCGAGGACUACGAGACAUGGACACCGGUGUAUUUAAAGAAUUCAGCCGUGAUCCCAUCGCGGUGGUGCGCCUACUACACUACCCGCCUCACCCGCCAACUGACGACCCAGACCUCGUGGGCGCCGGCGCGCACACGGAUUUCGGAGCCAUCACACUGCUCCUCCAGGACGGACACUCGGGCCUACAGGUGUUGGAUCAGCACACGGACGAGUGGGUUGAUGUGCCGCCCAAUAGGGACGCGUAUGUCGUCAACGUCGGUGACAUGCUGCAUAUCUGGACCGCAGGCGCAUACAAGAGCAGCGUGCAUCGGGUUAUCAACAGUAGUGGCACGGAUAGGUACUCGGUGCCUUUCUUCCUCGAUGGGAAUGCCGACUGUGUUAUCAAGCCCUUGGAUGGCUCGGAGGGGAAGCAGGUCACUGUUGAAGAGCAUAUGUUGUCUAGGUAUUCUGCUAGUUAUAAGAUGUGA